GACUCGGAGAAAUGCUUCACCUGCGACUCGCGGGACCCGUCCCUGCCAGAGAGCCACCGCAUCGAGAACGUCAUCUACCUGAGUGGCCCCCAUGGCCAGCGGACCUGGUGGCAUGGCGUGGAGCAUGUCAGUAUCCAGCUGGACCUGGAGGCCGAGUUCCACUUCACCCACCUCAUCAUGACCUUCAAGACCUUCCGCCCAGCAGCCAUGCUGGUGGAGCGUUCGGACGACUUUGGGCGCAGCUGGAAGGUCUACCGCUACUUCGCCUACGACUGCGCCGCCUCCUUCCCCCACGUCCCCCGUGGGCCUCCGCGCCACAUCGAUGACGUCGUCUGUGAGUCCCGCUACUCUGACAUCGAGCCCUCUACCGAGGGGGAGGUGAUCUACCGGGUGCUGGACCCCUCCAUCCCCAUCCGGGACCCCUACAGCCCCACCAUCCAGA